AUGUAUCAUCAUUCAAGCCCAGCUCGCCCUCGUGACGAGUUAUACAUGACCAACACCAUCUCCGAAGACCUGAGCAAAGACGUUUCACAGGAGCAACCGAUUCCUGCUUCGUUUGGAGGGGGACCUCCACCUCCAUUUGAUGGUACAUCUUACAUUCCAAACCCUAGAACGAAGCAAGAAGAUCAGAAUAACCAGGACUACUCAUUACUGAUGCUGCAAGAACGGGAGAACGUCGCUCGACAAUACAAGAUGGCUGUGUCCAAGGGCAGCCGAUACCAAACAGUACUCGAGCCUGAUAUCCCUGUCCCUUCUUUCGGGCCGUCGGUAGUCAACAACCAAAACAUGCCAGGCCCUUUCCUGCCGGGUCCUGUCCCUUAUCAAUAUUCCCAAGACCCGGUGUAUGAAAGAAAUGCCCCUCACGGUUCUGCAAGGCACCGAAUUCAGAGUCCACAGUCUGUGGAAUCAUACGAUAUGGAUCCGCAGUAUUCAAACACCGUUCGUUCAGACACAUACACUCCUCAUAGCCAAGGAAGUGUCUCUUUGUCGGAGGCCAAUGACCUCAAGGCCCAAAUCGCAGCUCUUCGAGACAAGGUUCGGGAGCUGGAAGGAAAACCUGCCCUGCCCAUAGCAUCAAAGUAUCAGAUCCUUUAUCGAAUUGAGAAAGAUGGCACAUAUCCGAGUGACAAUCACAUGGACGACAGUGACGGUGGAUUCAACCCUAGGCACAGAGAACGCAGGCCCAGGUCUAGGUCGAGAUCUUGGUCCAGGUCUCCAUGGAUGGGGAUUUAUACCGACCCCCCUGAGCUCAUCCAGCGAAACAUGGGUGCGCCAUAUUUGCGCUGCAAUGAUUCACUGGUCAACUUCGAGCUGUACCUCGCUCUCAACAGAGACAUAUCUUUUGUAGUGUUCCGAAACUACAAAAGAAGGGCUGAGCGGCAGUCAUCGAACACAAAGUAUGGCAAACCAGAACCAUUCAGCGAGACCAUUUUCCCAGUAUCUGAAGAUCUCAAAGACGUCAUCGCAGAUUUCCUCAGGGGCAAAGAGUUUCAAUCCAUGCAAAACAACUACCGGGACAAGGGAGAGGUCCCGUCACCUUAUCUCUUCGUCUACCAUAACCGGGGUGGUGGAGAAUCAGAAAUCAAAGGAGGACUGAGCUCUGAGGCACAAAGACAAUUUGACCUCUUCAUGGACUAUGUCCAAGAGGCUUGCGGCAAAGAGUACACUGCAGCAGACCUGCUUUUUGAGAAAGGUAAAAUUCGUCCCGAAUACGUUCAAUAUCUGUUCAAGCCCAACCAAAUCCUGGUUUCGCACCAAAACAAGGAGCAUAUAGGUUUUGUAGCCAGGGACUGGCCAUCUCAAAGCCCAGACAUUGAUGGCACCAGCAAUGCUUGUUGGUGGAUCAGUGCCCAGACCUGGGACUUUGAUGGCGACUUUUAUAAAUACCGGACUAGGCUCAGUUUUGAGAUGCCAAAGCCACAGCGUGCCAUGGAGAUGCCGUCGUCGCCGGAAGUGGAGUAUUUGUCGUACGACUCUAGCCUUCCUCUAACAAACAGUGACAUAGACAAGGAGUGUGCUAUCACGGACCUUGCGGUAUUCCCAAUCAAGUAUGCUCCUGAUUUUCUCAUCCAGAAGCUUCAGCGCCGUGGGGAGAUUUUCUGGACAUUCCGCACACAGAAGCAUGUGUCCUAUCAGGCGACCGAGGAAGAGAAUUUCCAAACCAUGGCCGACGACCGAUACAUUAUAGAUAUGAAGACGUACAAAAGACUGCAUCCAGACACGACCGGGUAUUUGCGUGACACCCCACGCAAAGACACACUCGACGACCGAGCCAUGGCCAGAGAUCAACCCCCACCAGAGCCGUUCAGCAUGCUGAUGCCUCCGAGGGUGACUGGAUUCAACCUCCGGCGCAAGAAAUGGUUCGAUCUCUCCGUCGACCGCAUCUCGCAUGUCGAAUGGAACAAAGACGCCUUCGACAGUCUAGCCAUCGACUCCAAAUCCAGAGACCUUAUCGAAGCACUGGUGACCAACUACGUCGAGCCUGAAUACUCCGCCGAUCUGAUCGCUGGAAAAGGCAAUGGGCUUAUAUUGCUUCUGCACGGUGGGCCAGGAACAGGCAAAACACUGACUGCAGAGAGUGUGGCUGAGAUAGCUGAGAGGCCUCUUUACCGAGUCACAUGUGGCGACGUCGGCACCAAGCCAGAGGAAGUGGAGAAGUACCUCGAAUCCGUGCUACAUCUGGGCAAGAUCUGGAACUGUGUAGUCCUGCUCGAUGAAGCAGAUGUUUUCCUCGAGCAGCGCGGUCUGGAAGAUCUGAACCGGAACGCACUAGUAUCGGCAUUCCUGCGUGUGGUGGAGUAUUUCGAGGGGAUCCUGAUAUUGACCACCAACCGGGUAGGCACGUUCGACGAGGCGUUCAAGUCGCGCAUCCAGCUCGCACUGCACUAUCCUCCUCUCGGCGAGGAGCAGAGACGAAUCAUUUGGAAUACUUUUAUCAAGCGGCUAGAUGGGUUUGAUGAAGAUGCAAUUGACGUUAAGAAUCUUACGGGGAGCUUGGAUGUGCUUCAGAGGGAGAAAUUGAAUGGUCGGCAAAUUCGGAAUGCCAUCACCACUGCUCGUCAAUACGCGAAGUGGAAAAGGGAGGUUCUCACGUAUGAUCAUCUCAAGGAUGUGAUUGAGGUAUCUGCGAAGUUCGAUGACUACUUGGAGAACAUUCACCGUGGUGGUAUCAUGCAGUUUUGA